AUGGCAAUGGGCUUAGCAGCUGAAGCGGCCGUGAAUGGUAAGGAGCAAUUUUUGAGGAUUUUCGAUCAACGUAAACAUUCGUCGUUGUCAAGCGAUGCCACAUCUACUGCAGUAGUAGCUAGUCAAGCCCAUGGAAUCGAAACUCAAUGCGAAUCUCAAUUAUCAUCAUAUCAAAGUAUUAUGCGAUCGGCUGCUAGACUAUCUAAACUCGGUCUACCACCGUACACGAGGUCCACACAACCUGGUCGUUCACUAUUCUGCAAUCCAUGUCAGCCUCAAAAAAUGGUGCGUUUCUUUCUUGAGGAUUGGCUUUUUCUAGCGGUACUCGGCGUGUUAAUGGCAUUCCUUUCGUUGUCAGUUGAUGCGUGCAUUGAUCAGCUGCAAACUUUUCACUUGUAUUUUAUGAACAUGGUUGAACGGACCGAUGAUGGCUUCUUGAAUUUCAUUCUAACAUACAUUGUGUGGAUGACAUAUACAAUGGUUGUAAUGCUCGCAUCAGUCAUUUUUGUACAUUACGUCGGACCAUGUGCAAUAGGUAUCAUAUUCAAAAGACCAUUUCAUCGCAUUGGAUCUGGUAUUCCUGAGAUUAAAACGAUUUUGCGUGGUGUUCGACUUAAGGAAUAUCUAUCAUUUCGAACAUUCCUAGCAAAAAUGGUUGGUCUCGCACUAGCGAUUGGCAGUGGUUUUCCGAUUGGCAAAGAGGCAUGCGGCCCGUUUGUGCAUGUUGGUUCAAUAAUAGCAAAUUUGAUCGGUCGUAUGGUCCGUAGUUUUGAACCGGCUUAUGCAAAUGAAUCACGUAGUGCUGAGCUGCUAGCAGCUGGAUGUGCGGCUGGUGUUGCGUGCACUUUCAGUGCACCUAUUGGAGCGUUUGAUUCGGUUGUUAUUCGUUCGAAUAUGUAUCGUAUAUGUAUGUACGUAGUUGUUGCGGGUGGGGCGCUUACAUUGGAAGGAGAUGAUUGGGAUGGCAUGAUUGAUUGCUUGGAUUUAUGUUAUGCCUUUGGGCACUUACCACAUUUUCAAUUAUAUCGAGUUGACAGUUGUUUUCCUUUCACAGGUGUGUUGUUUUCAAUUGAAGUGACGGCGGUUUAUUUUGCGGUACGUGAUUAUUGGAGAGGCUUCUUUGCUGCCGCAUGUGGCUCAGCGCUCUUCUCACUUCUACGCCUUUAUACGCACGAUUCAGAAGUGACCGUUGUGGCAUUUUACCAGACAACUUUCAAAUAUCGUGCAUUUUAUCCAGAAGAAUUGGUUAUUUUUGCGAUGAUCGGGUUAUUUUGCGGUCUUUCUGGAGCGAUUUUCAUCUAUGUUCAUCGUCAUCUCGUCUUAUUCCUCCGACGAAAUAGCUUCAUGAAGAUCAUUUUUCAACGCAAUUGGAUUGUAUAUCCGAUUGUAAUAUCGGCAGUCUACGCAACUCUCACACAUCCGAUUGGAUUCGGUCGUCAUAUUACUGGAGAAGUGGUAUUCAGUCGUACGUUAAAGGACUUCUUCAUGAACUGUACGUGGAGUGCAGAUCCGACAAGUUUCGAGGCGUGUGGUGGAAGUGUGGCGGCGAGGUGGAGUGCGGACGAGUCAAUUUUUGCCGAAUUAGCUGUUUUUGUCAUCGGUUUCUACUUCCUCUCAAUCGUUGCCAGUACUUUACCCGUUCCUGCCGGUAUCUUCAUGCCAGUUUUUGUGAUUGGCGCCGGAAUGGGACGACUUAUUGGUGAAGUGGUUGCAUACAAGUUCCCGGACGGCCUCCGGGGCGAUCGCCAUAUGCUGGUCUAUCCGGGCAUUUAUGCUGUGGUUGGGGCGUCAUCAUUCUGUGGUGCUGUAACGCAUACAGUUUCAGUGGCUGUAAUUGCAUUCGAGUUGACCGGUCAACUUUUACAUAUACUACCUGUUAUGAUUGCCGUUAUAAUCGCGAAUAUCGUUUGUUCAUCGUUUCAGCCGUCGUUUUUUGAUAGCAUAAUCAAAAUUAGGCAUUUGCCAUAUCUACCGGAUAUCCCGAAAUCAACUUCCGAAGUGCAUUCAAUUCGUGCCGAACAAAUAAUGGUCACCAAUGUGAAGUUUUUGAGCAAAGCGAGUACAUAUGGUGAACUGCAAGAUUUGUUGAUUGCAAUGCCUCGUUUGCGCGCAUUCCCAGUUGUUGAUAGUCCUGAUGCUCGUAUUCUUUUGGGUUCUAUCAGCCGUGCUUCACUACUUCAACUACUGGACGCACAAGUUGGUGAAGUGGCUCGUCGAGCCGAGGCAGCAAAGCGUAUCGAACAGGAACGUGAAAGUUUGGCAUCUUAUAGGAAGAAGCCAGUGUUUAGUAUAGGCUCACCUUCAUCACCAGAAACUGCUCGCAAGAAGGCGGUCGAAAAUUUUUUCGCCGAUACAUAUGCGAAACCAACUGCACUUGACAGAUUUCGUCUCUUAUCUUUGCAUCCGUUGCAUUGUUCGUUAUCUAAUCAUCGUUUCGACAAUCAUCACAAAGGUGGCAAAGAAACAGAUGAUCAAGCCAAACAUUCACACUCGAGCAAAUUGAAUGUAGCAAAGAUAAGCUCAGCACCUCCUCCAGAAGAGAUCAAUUCAGCGGUCACUACAAAGCGUCUGAGACGAUCAAGUAGCAUGAUUAGAAGUUUCAAACAAACUUUUCGAUAUUCGAGGAAACGUCGUGUGAAUAACGAUUUAUUGCCGCGUGAACGUCGUGACUGGGAACGCAAGCAGCUGGCUUGCACGGUGGAUUUCGCGUCAGCAGUCAUCGACCCAGCGCCGUUUCAACUCGUUGAAGAUACAUCCUUAUAUAAAGUUCAUUCUAUAUUCUCCCUACUUGGCAUUCGUCGGGCGUAUGUCACCAAGUGUGGUGUACUCGUUGGUGUUGUCGCACUUCGAGACUUACGAUCCGCAAUUGAACGUGCCCAGUGGGGUGAAUUAAAUUCGAAAACGGAACGCAUUGAAGAAAAUGACGCAGAAGUGCCGGCGGUGGAUGCCGAACGACGACUUUCUGCACACAGCGAAACGCAUCAGACAGAUCUCGAUUCAGAUACGGACGACGACGAUUGCAUUUUGCCUCGUGUCGAGGUUGAAGAAACUACACCGUCAACAUGCGAAUUAGAUCAACGACUACCAAUGGCGAUCUCAAGUCGUGAUGGUUCGUCAGAUCAUUAUAUCACUGAUGAGACUGAUAAUAGUACUAGUCCUAUAUCGCCGCUAUCAUCCAAUGAGGAUGGAAAUAUUGUUGCUGAAAGUGGUGCUAUUCCUGAUCCAUCACAAUCCAAUUUGGAAUCACCGCCAAGUAAAAACACCGAUCCAUCUUUACCAAUGGAGUUACAGUCGUAUUUGGAUGCGAAUUACGCGGACAACAACUAUUAUUCGGAAUAUCCAAGCGCAGAACCAACCGAAUCGUCAGGAGAAUGUACGGAUACAGCAAUAACAACACCAACCGAACAAAUGGCUACAACAGAAUCUAACAUUGAGCCAUUUGUUGUCAUUGUACCAUCGAAAUCACCUGCAACUGUUUCAAAGCAGUUGAGGAAGAUUAUUGAUGAGCAGCAGCAGCAGCAGCAGUCGCCAUUAAAGUUGCGUUCUGUUUCAUUUGCCGAUAAUUCCGCAACAUAUGAAAGUGAUGAUGAAGUAUCAAGAGCCGUAACAAAGCCGACAGGUAGCGAUGCAGCGAGUAGCGAUAGCAUUGAUAUAGCAUCUCGCAGCAUUACAAAUGAUCAAAAUGGUCAUCUUCGUCGCAGUCAUAAGCAAAGUGCAAAUCUCUGUUGCCAUCAUCGUAAUUCUGCUUGUUUUGCUCAAGCAGAUAUCAACCAGGUAGAAUUGCAGCCGAUCACAUACAGUUGUCAUCAUAACUCGUCAUUCACCCAACAGCAAAGGGAACAAGAAUCGCACCAGCAACAGUUAUCUUUAUCGAUCGCUACCAAUACAUCAUCAUCAUCCAUUAAUGCUCACGAUCAUGAUCAUGACAAUAAUUUACAGCAAAUUGAGCGUCUCGAAGAAGGCGCUGGCGACGGCAUCGAGCAUGCAACAAGAAAUUGGGACUGUAUGGCAGAAAAGUGUAGCGUUUGGAUUGAUGAUGAGAAUAACGAUGGUGAUAGUUAUAGAAUCGACGUGAUUAGAUGCAGUUUGGAUCCAGAUGUUGAAACAGAUAUGUUGUUUGAUGAUGAGCUAGCAGAUGACCUGCGAACGACAACAACAGCAUCCAGCAAACUUCAAGCUAAGCCUGAAUUCGAGCUUCGAGCAUCUGUCGCUUACAUCUCACCUUCUCUAACAUUAUCUCACGACUCUACUGAACUUGUAAGUGUUGCUGAUACAGAAUCUGAUCAUCAGACAGCAUCAACGUCGUCUUCGUCAUCAUCAUCAUCUUCAAGUAUCGAUGAUGUUAGCAUUUGCUCGACAGUUGUUGGAGUUAGCCCCUCUAUUAGUGAGGCGGGUGGUGGUGCAGCUGAUGUUGGCGAAUCAUCGCUUUGUUCAGAUGCAUCCCUUUCAUUCGUUGAACGACAACAACAAAGAUCGUCAUGCAGUAGUGAUGAAGUGAGUCACGAACAACAAGAAGAGUUGAUGACACAGUAUAUGAGCCAACGAAGUAUAUCGGAUGUUACUGCAAUGCAGCGAAUCCACUGCGAAAGAGUGCAAAGGCCGCGACGACAACAGUCGCUUGUCAAACACGGUCAUUAUCACGAUAAAACAUCAACACUACCGCAAAACAGUUUACAGCAGUUAACAAUGAAUGCAGUUCAACAACACGAUCAUGAUGAAAUGGACAGUCAGUCAACAGAGUCAUUGACAACAGAUGAACAUUUAUAG